UCAGUUAUCUGAGGCGGGCUAGCGGGCGCGGCGAGUGCUGGCGAAACAGAGGCAGUCGGUGUACGCAGUCGAUGGUCGACGGUCGGUCGCCAGUCUCUGGCUCGGUUGUUAAUUGUUAUCAAUCUGUGUUGUAUUGUUGUGAAUGAGUACGGUGUUUGUGUGGCUCUAACGGUACUGUUGCGCGCUUUAAAUCUAGUUACUAUGAAAUGUUAACUGACGGUUCAGCAACGAAGUGACGUAAUACAGGAACAAUGCCGCGCCUAGAACCUCCGGAGGACUUUCGCCGCGUGCUGCGCGAGAAAGCCCUCAACCACAGCCUGUUCUACCUGAAGCUGAGCGCGGGUGUGGAGCCGGAGAAGGCGCGGGCCGCGGCGCCGGCGCAGUCUCAUGCGCAACGCCGCGCUAGUGCCAGUGGGCUCGUGAGCGCGGCCACGCACGCGCGUCUCCGGCACGCCCAGCCGCGCGUCUCCGAACUCCUGCGCCGUUUCGAACCUGCGCCCAUGCAGUAUCUGCGCAUUCCGCGCGCCGCCACCCCGCCCGAGGACAUCACCUCUUCGGACGACGAUGACCGCGCGGCGGUACGGCGCCGCAGCCGUGACUUAAGUGACGACUCCGCCGUGGAGCUGGAGCCGAGGCCGCGACGACACUCGCACCCGCGCGACCUGACGCCGCCGCCCGGCGCGCCCUCGCCGCGUCGCGAGCGUACUUUAGUGGAGGCGCAUGUGGUGCAGCUAGGGCGGCGCGGCAGCGAGGGCAGUGACGGUAGCGAGGCGCGUGGCCGCUGCGUACGUACACCCAGUGUCGUCGUCAGCGACUAUUCGGAUGGCGUGGUGGUGGGCGCGAGUGCAGAGGAGGCGGCCUGGCUGCGUGCGCGCUCGUUGUCGGCAGAUUCCGCCUGCUCCUCCUGCUCCACACUCUCCAGCCGGGACGACGAGGAGUUCGAGCCCCCAACGCUACCUAAAAAGCAGUCCGAAAGAUGGCGUAAGCUCCGCAAUAUCGUGCAGUGGACGCCAUUCUUCCAGACGUACAAGAAGCAGAGGUACCCAUGGAUACAACUUGCCGGUCAUCAAGGAAACUUUAAGGCCGGGCCUGACCAAGGGACUAUUCUAAAGAAACUCUGCCCUCAGGAAGAAAGAUGUUUUAAGUUGCUGAUGAAAGACAUCCUCCGGCCGUUUGUUCCUGAAUAUAAGGGACAAGUGACUUGCGAAGAUGGAGAAUUGUAUCUCCAACUUCAAGACCUCCUCAGUGAUUUCGAUUCGCCGUGCGUUAUGGAUUGCAAGAUUGGAGUUAGGACGUACUUAGAGGAAGAGCUUGCAAAAGCUAAAGAGAAAACCAAAUUGAGAAAAGACAUGUAUGAAAAAAUGAUACAAGUCGACCCCAAAGCGCCAACGGAAGAAGAACACAGAAGUAAAGGAGUAACGAAGCCGAGAUACAUGAUUUGGAGGGAGACUAUCAGUUCCACAUCAACUCUUGGCUUCAGAAUAGACGGUGUCAAGAAAGCUGAUGGAACUAGUUCGAAAGACUUCAAAACUACGAAGACGAGGGAUCAAAUAUUAGAAGCGUUUCAAGAUUUUACAAAUAGUUUUCCAAACGCUGUGCCGAGGUAUUUAGAAAGGUUGAAAAACAUCCGAGCGACUCUCAUUGAAUCACACUUCUUCAAGACUCACGAACUGAUCGGGAGUUCGUUGCUCUUCGUCCACGACAAGAGGAAAGCAUCCAUUUGGAUGAUAGACUUCGCGAAGACCGUUCCUGUACCUGAUAAUGUGACCAUCGAUCACAACUCAGUAUGGAAGGUCGGCAACCAUGAAGAUGGAUACCUAAUCGGUAUAAAUAACCUAAUAUCAAUCUUCGAGUCCCUCACGAAAGAUGACAAUGGAAACAUAGAUCAGUGCUAUUCAAACUUAAGUUUAGAUAAAAACGUUAGAAGAGACAGUUUAGCUACUUGAAACUUGAACACGUUCGACGUUGUGUGAAUUGUGUUAUCGAUUAGCAGUAGCGGGUUCUACUGUUUGAGGACAGGUGACUAAACGGAUUGCAUCGAAGCGGUCGCAUGUUGUAAAUAUCGUAAGACAGUUGUCUUGUUGUAAAAAGAUUUAGUUAAGUUGACAUAGUAUACCUUUUUGUAUUAACAAUAAGUGUUAAAAUACUCACUUUAAGGAGUAGCUUAAGGACCUGUAACUUAAUUAUCUUAAAUGCAUAGUUAUGUGAAAUGAACAAAUCAUUGCUUUAAAUUUAACUUUAAAUACGUAAACAAUGCAGAAAAGUCUUACAAUUUCAAUUAUGAAUUGCGUUUUGUUGUUUGGCUUCUUAUUAUAAUAUACGUCCUAAAUUUAUAAGAAGCUGAAUUCAUUACUGAAUGAUGAAGUUGGAUAACCUCUAAGAAUAUAAUUUCAAUAAAUUUGAAAACGAUGUAACAAUUUUUGUUUUUAAUAUUUUAUUCAGCAAAUGUAAUUGUUUUGGAUCGUGUUUGAUAUUUUUAAUUCUGGUAAUGUUAUGUUGAAACCAAUUGUAUUCAUAAAAUAUAAAUAUACAUAUCUAUCCUUAAAUAAUAUGUUAAGUUGUUUGAUUACAUUUCUAAAGAUAAAAUAGACUGUAAAAUGACUUCUGAUGAACUUUGUUCAAAUACCGCGUUAUAUUUAUUAUGUACACUAUAUUAGUGUAAAGACUAGAUACAGCUUUUCUGAAAGUUGUACAUAAGGCUAAAUUUAUCAGGAAGUACUAAUUAAAACAUAUCACAUAC